AUGGAUUACCAGCAACCCGUUCGCUCUCCCCCCGCCGCCGCCGAUGCAGCCACUACCGCCCCGGCGACCCAGACUUUGAAGUCGCGGCGGCGCGACUCUCUGCCAUCGUCUGUCAAAACAUCGGAUGCGCGCCCGGCCAAGCGCACGCCCAACUACAUACGCACCACGGCCGCCUCGCCCCAGGUUAUCUCGUCGCUGAUCGACCAGCUGUCGGCCAUUUCCAUCCCCGCGCACAACCACUUUGAGAAUCUCCUCGUCGGCUACGGCAACGGCCUCGCGCCCUCCGCCGCGCCCAGCGUGCGCACCCAUUCCGAGAAGAACUCGAUCGCCGGGCAUGAUGGAGCGUCGGUGGACCGCAGCAGCUUCCACAACCCGAUAAGAGACCAGAACGACCUCUACCCCGACGACGCAUGCGAACCGCCCGUCAUCCGCACGUCCAAGCCCCCAUCCGGCAAGUCGCCUUUGACCGCGCCCAAGAAACCGAACAAAGCGCAUUCGCUUAGUAGUUAUAUCGGACGCAGCGGUGGUAGCUCGUGCUCCCUACAGUCGACCCAUUCGAACCGGUCAGCGAGUAGUUUUGGCAACAUCAGCGUCGAAGCAGGCGUGCCGCGCCAGGUAUCGGGUGAAAGUGCGAGGUCGUCGUUGGAGAGCAAGAGGAGCUUCAAGGGCCACAAGAGCCUGAUGUACAUGAGCUCGCGCGAGCGACUACGACAAAAAGAGACGGAACGGAAGCGCGUGACCGUACACAAUCUGAACGACACACCAACCGGUGACCCCUCCAAGAAGGCCGCGCACCAACUCUUCCCCUACGAAGACACGAUCAGCGAAGAGCCCUCUUCCGCGAAAGAAGACGCACGAUUCGACGAGACAGUACCCGAAUCGUCACGAUUUGCCCAGCGGUAUCCUAGCAGGAAUAACAGUCCACGACGACUGCGUCUCAAUCUGGUCGAUGCCCCUCAUCUGGAAAGUCCAUCAGACAGCGGACUCAUCCCCGAACGCGGAUCAUCCCUGAGGCAUACUGGCAGCCCGGCCCGCAAGAGCAAGAAGCGCCGAUCCGGGGACAAGAGCCGUCCAAAGUCUCAGAAAGCCGACAUGGUCCCCGAAGAGGAAGAGAAGAUGGAUCCGGAAGCACAAAAGAAGAAGAAGAUCUUGGACGAGCUAGAACAGGAAGAGAAUGAGGUCGCUCAAAGGAUCCGAGAACUAAGAGAUCAGAAAAUGCGGAGAGACAAAUUAGCCGGAAAAAUGCCUGUGGACGUACAUGCAGGGGCGACAACACCCAGGGUGCCUCGCGUUUCAUCCAUCCCCAGUCCGGAGUCCUCGCCCAUCUCGACAGUUUCAAGCUUGUCGGAGGACGAAAGGAGAGUGCAGAAUUCGACCAAGGCGCAUCGAGUGCUUGGAAUAUCACAAGAAACAGCCUUAGCUGCCGAGAAGCUAGCGGAAAGGCCGAUGGACAGACCGGCCGAAAAAGCAGAAGGUGACCGCCAUAACCUCUCGGUACCAUCGCAACCACGCAGCCAGCGCCACUCGCGGCACCGAAGUCUGACGUUGAACGACGGCGAUGAGCUUACCCCACUUCCGAUCGAUUACACGCUUGCGCUCCAAAGUCUGGACGAGUCUGCGCCGACGCCGAGCUUAGCAGAUCCACGCCAGUCGAGAUCGCCUGCGCCUGCAAGCAUCAUGUCUAAAGCAACCAAGUCAAGCAGCGACUCUUCCGUACCCCAGCGAUCAAAUUCACUCUUGGCAGUCGGCGGGCGAUCUGCGCUCGGGCGUCGAGCGGCGACCAGUUCCGUCAUCAUAGGCAAGUCUUCCAAGCACAAACACUCCUCCAGUGUGAACGAAGAUUCGACAAACAGACUGGCGCCACCCUCUCGUGCGGCCAGCGAAGAGCCUAUUACUCGACAUCGCUCCAUGCACGUUGUGUCCCCUCCGUUAGAGUCACACAGUAUGCAGUUACAGCGCAGACGUACAAGUACCAGCAAGAGGUGGUCGCAUCCCGAUCUGCCAGCGAAGGCUGAGAAAGCGCAUAAUGACAGAAUCGACCGGAAAGAAGAGAAGACCAGAGCAGCUGCAGUGCAGAGCCCGCCCCAUCCGAUCAUUGAGGAGCGACCUGCAAGUUUAGAUUCUAUCGAUUUGGAUGUACACCAAUACCUGGAAUCAUCCCGGCUGUCCCAAAAGAUCCGGCACCCGCAAACAGGAAGGAUCAUUUCUUUCUCAGAAGUCGGCGACCCCGAAGGUUUUGCUGUCUUCGUUUGUGUAGGCAUGGGUCUGACCAGAUACGUCAUGGCAUUCUAUGAUCAGCUGGCAGCCACUUUGAAGCUGCGUUUGAUCACACCUGAUCGCCCUGGUAUCGGAGGUAGCCAAGCUGAUCCGAACGGGACACCUCUUAGCUGGCCUGACGACGUACUUGUGAUCUGUCAGUCUUUGAAAAUCAACAAGUUUUCAAUGUUAGCGCACUCCGCAGGAGCUGUCUACGCUUUGGCGACAUCAUUACGAAUGCCACAACAUAUCCGUGGCAGAGUGCACCUUCUUGCACCUUGGAUACCGCCAUCGCAAAUGGCGCCCAUUGGCAUCAGUCAGGACUCACCACCUACCCAACAACUUCCGCGAUCGCAGCGCUUCCUUCGCGCUCUACCCCCAUCUCUACUCAAGGUCGCAAACUCAACCUUCCUUAGCGCGACAAGCGCUAGCCUCCAGCGCACUGGGCCCAAGACGUCGCCCAAGACCCGACGGAAAAGCAUGGCCCCCUCACCGGUGCCACCACAGCAGUCGACAACUCGCCCUUCUUUGAAGGACACCCACCGACAUUCGAUGAUGAUGAUGGACCAAGUGCUGCCGAACGCAAGCACUCUGACCCUCCAGAACCCAGAUGCCAAUAACGAAGAAGCACAACGCGUGCAGGAGAUGCUCAGCAUGGCUGAACUUGAACGCCAACGCGCUUUUGAUGAACGCCUCACUUUCGCCAUUUGGGACCGCGCGACUGCAAACGCAAACCCCGCAACCGAUCUAAUAGUCUGUCUCGAAACCAAGCAGACCAUUGGUUUCCGCUACGAGGACAUCAACAGGCCAGUUGUCAUCCACCACGGGUCCAAAGACUCGCGUGUACCAGUUGACAACGUCCGAUGGCUUGGCAAAUUGAUGCGCAAAUGCGAAGUCCGGAUUCUGGAGGGCGAGCAACACGGACUUAUGGCCAGUGCACAGGUCAUGGGUAACGUACUCACAGAGAUGGCAUCUGACUGGGAAGACUGGACAAACAUGGUCUCAGGGAAGUCCACUGAUGGACAUCGCGCUGUCUCGAGGCGGAGAACGACCGAGAAGCUGAGAAGCCAAAUGAGCUUCACCAACUGA